AUGUCGUCGUCGGUGCGCCACCCUUGCUUCGGCCUCCUCCAGGAGCAGCUCGGCUACGUGCAGUGCAACUUCUGCGCCACCAUCCUGCUGGUGAGAGUGCCGUGCGGUGGCAGCCCGCAGCUGAAGACGGUGGCCGUGCAGUGCGGCGACUGCUCCGGCAUCCUCUCCGUCACACUGCCGCCGACGCUGGCGGCUGCAGCGCCGGCGUCCGUCGAGCUGCCCCUGCAGGAGCCAGGCGUUUAUCAGCCGCCAAGGGACUCGGACGAGAGCAGUGGAGAGGACAGGGAGAUGGAGGUUGCAGAGAACAAUGUCUUCCAUACGGUUAACAAACCUCCAGUUAGGAAGCAGCGGACACCGUCAGCCUACAACUGUUUCAUCAAGGAGGAGAUAAGGAGGAUCAAGGCGAGAGAUCCUAGCAUCACCCACAAAGAGGCCUUCAGCGCUGCUUCUAAAAACUGGGCGCACUUACCAAGAAUCCAGCAGAAGGGAAACUGA